UCGCCGCAAUGCCAUGGAAGGCCGUGGCAAAGAUAAGAAGUGGAAGUCAGUCCCUCAAUUCGGAGGCUGGGAUCAGAAAGGAGCAGCAAGUCCUAACUAUUCCAUGGUCUUCGGACAAGCUCGAGCUCACCGGAAACAAGCCAAGACGGGUGUUAGGCAUAUGGCCCUAAGAAACGAACCGGUUUUUACUGCUCCGCCAAAUCUUCAUGUUCAUCGUCACCACCAUGAUCACCACCACGAUCACCGCCCAGAUCGGCAAGAAGAUCACGAAGAUGAUUCUACUGUAAUGAAGAAAAACAAGUUUAUGGCGUACUGUUGCAUAAUGCCUUACUAAGAACAAGAAUUCAUUCAUACUGCCAAAAAGAGAAGAAAAGACGCGAAUUCCUACUGCAAUUUUUGUCAAAUACUUGUAAAUUUAUACUAUGAGGUGAUCAAUCAGAAAAAAUAAAUCUAAACUUCUUGGAGCAUAUGUUUUGUUGAACUUAAUUUUAUUUAUUUUAGACACAAAUACAAAUCAAUACAUAAAGUUUUGAAUUCA